GCCUUUGAGCUUUCCGUUGUCUUCACAUUCAAUUUCAGAAAGGCUAACUGUAGUACCCAGUUUCAUACAUAUCGUGCACUAAAUGUAUUUAAAUAUAUUAAAGCUCUAAAAGAGCAACAUUAAAACGGUAGUUCUGCUAGAAAGGAGGCAUUUAAACCCGGUUAGGUUUACUUCCGUAACCCCUGGAAGUAAGCUAGUAGCAAACCCACUGUCGCGGGUAGCCCUCUUUAUUGACUUCACUAUCAGUCUGAAGCUUCUCCAAAAUGAUGGACUACGAUGACUACGACUCUGACGGAUACUCGUCUAAUGAAGAUGCAGACUACGUCCCUUCAGAUGAUAACCUGAGUGAGGAUGACCUUAAUGAGUGUGAGAAGGAAGACCCUCUGAACGAGAGUGAUACUGUGCCACAUGAUGGCAGCGAUAGUAAGAAGAAGAGGAUAAAAAAGGACAUCAGUGUGAGAAAGAGGAAGAAAGGAGUACUGAAAAUAGAUAAUGAAGAGGGGGACGGAGCAGAAGCAGAGGAGCGGCCACAGGAAGAGGUGGAACAACUCACCAAGGUAGGGCCGAAGGCUGAGGACAAACUGAAGAAGAAAUCUGAUGACCUGUGGGCCAGCUUCCUGUCUGACGUUGGAACCAGACCCAAAGAGUCCGCACCGGCCGCUCAGGCCGCUCAGUCCGCUCAGUCCGGUUCCACACAGAAGGAGGAUUCCUCAGUAUUGAAGGUUGCUCCCUCGAGUAAAGACACCAAAGCUCCUGAACCUGCUAAAGUCACCAUCACCCAAGUGUUUGACUUCGCUGGAGAAGAAGUAAGGGUGAAUAAAGUGGUAUCAGCUGACUCCAAAGAAGCUAAGAUGUAUCUGGAGAGCCAGAAGGAGGACGAAGAAGAUGAGGAGGAGACCUCAGGCGGCAGCCAGCCCCCUCUGCCUGGCCCCAGUGUCAAGCGGCCUGCAGGCAUGUCGAGCAUCAUGAAUCGUCUGGGCGGAAAGAAACUGAAGAUGAGCACGCUGGAGAAGUCUAAGAUGGACUGGGACGCUUUUAAAUCGGAGGAAGGCAUCACCGAGGAGCUGGCCAUCCACAACCGUGGAAAAGAGGGGUAUGUGGAGCGGAAGAGUUUCUUGGACCGCGUCGACCACCGGCAGUUCGAGAGAGAGAAAGCAGUGCGACAGAGCAACGUGAAACAAUGACACAGUCCCUCAGAGCGGAGCAGAUGUUCCUCUCUCUCUCUAAUGACAGACUUGCUGUUCCCGGGUAAAGUGAGCUCAAACCGGUGCUGUGGCUCCACUCUAUUUCAGGACGGAUAUUAUUAGGCUGAGUUUGUGGGACGAUGGGUUGCUGAGUUCUUGUUCUUCCAUCUCUGUGGGAGCCGAUUAGAGCUUCAAACCUUCACACUAAGGGCAUUUUCUGAAAGUGGUCACUCUUUCCUGUCAUCCACACAGGGCUGUUUUACAACUAGGACGUAGUUUUGGGGUUAAAGAAUAAUUCUGGUUUAAUGUAUUUGUUUUUUUCUGUUUCUACUCACCACGUUAACUGCUGAGGUAUUGGAUCACAGUGACAUCAUUAAAAAGAAGUCUGAGGUCAAGAAACAUCCAGAUGAUUUACUACUUAAGUAGAAACUGAACAUGAGGUUGAGUAAAUGGAUGGGAUUUGUGGCUAGGUUUUGUUAUGUUGUGUGAAACUUCAGUAAUAACGAGUGAGGGAAUCUGGAUUACCAGGAUCAGAGAAAACAUUACAGGUGUAAAAUCAUGUACCACACAUUGCAAUCAGAAUGUAUCAGAUCUCAGCUAGGUCUGAAGGACAUCUGUACAGGGUAGUGUGACACAUCCUGAUGAAUGGUUGACAAGUCACCUAUAACCCUAUAACAAUUUCCUGCUUUGUCAAGUUUCUGCAGGCCGUUUCUUCCUCUGCAAAGGAAAAGUAGAUCCAUACAGCAACUCUUGAGGGACAACUGCCAAGUGACUGACGCUGGUAGCCAAGCUAGCACAGUGCUUCUAAACUGGCUAUGUUACCUUCUAACAAAAAGUACCAUGAUUCUAGUUAGCCAGGCUAGCAGAGAGUACAUUUUGUAGCAAAAAAACUGAGAUCCAAUCACAAGGAUCUUAAGGAGGACUUCAAUGUUUAUUAACAUGGGACACUGAAUCUGCCUGCUCCACUGACAUUAUGACCACGUGGUUUCAUGCACACAGGUGACCAUCUUUCUGGGGACACUGUACAGAACACUGUAUUUCUGAUCAAUACCACCAUGGAGGUGUGAUCAAUCAAACUGCCUGUUAUCCAUCAGAUGAGAGGGCCACACUGACUCCUGUCCCUCAGGGGCCGAUCUGUCUUUUAGGAACACACAAGGACAGAGAGUGUUGAGAGGAGGACAUCUUGUUUCUUCAUGUAAAUAUUAGAUAUUCAAUAAACACAUUUUAAGUUUGCAGGUU